AUGAAGAUCCGUUGUGAUGUUUGCGAUAAAGAAGAAGCCUCUGUUUUUUGCCCCUCCGAUGAAGCCGCCCUCUGCGCCCCCUGUGACCGCCAAAUCCACCGAGCAAACAAGCUCGCCAGUCAACACAACCGUUUCUCUCUCCUCCAUUCCUCCGCCUCCGCCUCCGCCGCUGCUACUUCAGAGCCGUUAUGCGAUAUCUGCCAAAUCCGGCGAGCGUUUCUGUUCUGUCGGGAAGACAGAGCAAUCCUCUGUAGAGAAUGCGAUAUCCCAAUUCACGACACCAGCGAACACACCCAGAAGCACAGCCGGUUUCUUCUCACCGGCGUGAAGGUCUCCCCGUCGCCGGCGACUUCUUCUUCUUGUUCCUCCUCCGUGGCAAGCAGCGGCGAGGAAAAUGAAGGGUCGUUGAAGAAAUGCUCGAGGAAGAGAAGUAAAAUGGGGUUUAGCAAAGGAUUGGUAAUUUCAGAGUAUUUGGAGAGUUUGCCUGGUUGGUGUGUUGAGGAGUUUCUUGAUUCUUCAUCUUCCCCACAUCUUUUUUUGUAAAGUUUGAAGUUUUUUCUUUACAAGAACAUGGACUGAAGGCCUGCAAUGUUACUAUCCUUCGUUUGAAAUUCUUAGAGUUCUUUUUUCUUUUACAAAGUAUUAGAAAGGUAGUUAACCUCAUCGGAAAAGUGUAAGGGAUGAGCUUAGACAAUUGUAAAAGUAUCAUAUCCAUCUCAUUGGUUUUUAAAUUAUUAACAUUUUGGGGGGUUGGGGGCUUAGGGUAAGGUAUUAUAAUUUAAUAUCUUCUCCAUGUAUUAUAACAAUGUAUAAUUAUUAUAGUUUGUGUUUGAAGUGUAGAGUAUUAUUAUGUGAAUUGCAUUGUAGUCUUGUAUUUAAAGUACAUUUUUUUUUC